CCGACAACUCCCACAACGAAGACAAACUUUCACGUCACCAUCAGGACUCUGAGAUUGUUUCAAAAUCUUCUGACAUUCUACAUCAACCCUUGGACCUCUGUUAGCUCAUUCAGGAUCUGUGAAUAAUAGCAAGAUGUCAGAUCAGGGUGAGCAGUACGUGCAUUCAUGGAUUCUGUACCACGUCCUCGACAGGUUUAUAGGGAGCCGUGAGCUUGUGGCCAUCAGGAGAAGAAUGGCAGUUUUAGGGGAACAUUUCAGCAAUCAACGUAAACUGCCUAUCCAACUGUUUUGUACAGGAAGUAGAGCCGAAGGAAUGGCAAUGCAAGGCUCGGAUACUGAUAUGAUGCAUACUGAGAUAGAUGCAAUAGUUUUGUGUCCAGAAAUGGACAGAUGUAUUCCUACGGACACCAAGAAUAAAACAGUUUUGAUAAUGAGGGACGCUGACAGUCGACCAGGUUAUGUAACCCUUGAGGUUGUUCAACUCGGUGAAAGGUAUCAAAAACACUUGAUCGAAUCUAUUGUUCCAGUUGGGGAUGCUUGUUUUAUAUCAAGUGAAUUAUACACAAGGUAUGGUAAUAAUUCAAUAAGGAAACAGUUUCAUUUACACACGGAAACGCAUGGCCCAGCUUCUAAUCUGGGCAAUGAACAUAGCAAUUUGAAUCUUGACUUUGAUUUUGUGAAAUCAUUUCGGUGUUAUGGUUGGCCCAAAGAUGCCGAUGAAUGGGUGACCAGACCCCGCCUUCAUAACUGGCCAGAUCAAGCUUUGAGAGAUCAAAUUGUACAAGGUGGUUGUCAUCUUGUUCCUGUAGGGGACAAAACGUCAUCUGACACAUUCCUACAAUGGAGGAUUUCGUUCACAACCGCAGAAAGAAAACUUAUAUAUUCUCUCACUCAUGUACAAUUUUUAGUGUACGGACUUCUCAAGUACUUCCUCAAACAAAUAUCUGGCAUGUUAGUAAAGUUACUAGGAGAUAUAGAUAUCCUAUCAUCAUAUAUCAUAAAAACCGUUAUAUUCCACGCAGUGGAAAACACACCUGGUUCGUUUUGGCAAGAAAAACAUUCCUUUUUCUGUUUCAUGUUUUGCUUAAACAUUUUGAUAUCCUGCGUGAAGACGGGAUAUUGUCCGAAUUACUUCAUUAAAAGAAACAAUAUGUUUAUCGGCAAAGUUCACGGUGAAAAUCAGGAAAAUCUCCUUCGCUUUCUAGUUGAUCUUCAUGAUAAGAAAUGGGGAUGUCUUUCAGUUGGAACAUUCAUACAGCCAUCCAUAGGAGAAUUUAUCGAAGGAGUGAUGACUGGAGACUGGGAAUAUGUUCUACCUCCUUCAACACAAUCAGAAGGGGAAUGCGACAUGACGGUAUUACAUAAUACAUCAGCGUUUCAUUCCUCUCCGGGAGUUCUUCAUGCGUCCCUGACACUCAUGUCUGAAUCGAAGUCAGAUAUGGAUGAAUUCAUAGGUUAUACCAUAACCUUGAAGGCGGUGUGUCAUACAGGAAUGGAGGCUUUCGAGAAUCACAUUGCAGCGAGAGGAAAUAAAGAGAAGUACAAAUCCCUCAGGAAAUGCAAGAAACUUCUGACACCAUUUGCCUCAAUGUGUACAAGUCCAGGAGGGUUGACUUUGGCAACAUAUUACUACCAGACUGGGAAUUACAGUAAAGCCCUGGAAAUAUGUGGGAACAUGAUUUCGUCAUUCAAAAUUUAUUUUAGUGCCGAUGCAAAGAUUCAUUGCUUAGACAGAUAUGAACAACACUACUGUGGGCGAGGGUUUACUCUACUACAGAAAUGCAAGGAGGUUGGUGUAUCGGAUAUCAUGUUCACACCUGAUAAUCUACAGUUCUGCCCUUCACAAUUACAUAAGGAAAUUAAACAACUUUCUAGUAGAUAUCCUUUGUGUAUCCCUCCACUCCCCUAUGCUGUGUUUCUGUCUUUCCUGUGUUACCACGAACUCGGCGACACCAAGAGACGUGAUACGGUAUUAACUCACCUCCGGGCUGUGAAGUAUGACGAAGCUCAGGGUGGUUGUAAAAAAUGGAUAGUACACAACCUCCUGGGUAUCUGUUAUGAGAUGGUUGGUGACUCUCGGAGGGCACUCAGGGAAUACAGGGACUCUCUUCAUGUAGUAUCGUUUGAUCAAUACGGCAACCCUGCCAAGGAGAGGAUAGAACGUUUGCAUCAGUUAUAGUUAGUCUUCAAGUAACGCUCCAACAACAGCACAUACAGGAACUUAAAAUGUUUUCACCCAGAUAGAAUAAUUAGAAAGCGGAAUAUAACGUAUCAGACAUAUUAUAUGAUAAACAUAGACCGAAGACAUUAAAAAAUAAAACGUCAUAACGAUGUCAAAAAGGAGUCGGAAUGAGCAAGUC